AUGUCCCGUGCGCGCCAGCCUGUGCCCCCAGCGCUGGAGGCACUCCGUAAUCAGGCGCAUCGACGCGUCGCGUGGACUGAUGUGUUUAUUUUCCUGAUUUCAGGAGGGUUUGCGUUCGUAUAUGAGGCCCAGGAUCUGGGAAGUGGCAGAGAGUAUGCGCUGAAGAGACUGCUGUCCAACGAGGAGGAGAGGAGCCGAGCCAUCAUCCAGGAGGUGUGCUUCUUGAAAAAGCUUUCUGGCCACCCCAACAUUGUCCAGUUUUGCUCUGCAGCGUCGAUAGGGAAAGAGGAGUCGGACACGGGGCAGGCCGAGUUCCUGCUGCUCACGGAGCUCUGCAGAGGGCAGCUGGUGGAGUUUCUGAAGAAAAGCGAGACCAAAGGGCCUCUGUCGUGCGACACCGUCCUGAAGAUUUUCUACCAGACGUGCAGGGCCGUGCAGCACAUGCACCGGCAGAAGCCGCCCAUCAUCCACCGGGACCUCAAGGUUGAAAACUUGUUGCUGAGUAACCAGGGGACCAUUAAGCUGUGCGACUUUGGCAGCGCCACGACCGUCUCACACGCCCCUGACUACAGCUGGAGUGCCCAGCGGCGGGCCCUGGUGGAGGAGGAGGUCACCAGGAACACAACGCCCAUGUACAGGACGCCCGAGAUCGUGGACCUGUACUCGAACUUCCCCAUCGGCGAGAAGCAGGACAUCUGGGAGCUGCUCUGCAUCUUGUACCUGCUGUGCUUCGGGCAGCACCCUUUUGAAGACGGAGCAAAGCUUCGCAUCGUAAACGGGAAAUACUCCAUCCCUGCUGACGACACUCGGUACUCCGUGUUCCACGGCCUCAUCCGUGCCACACUGAAGGUCAACCCGGAGGAGCGGCUGUCCAUCACCGAGCUGGUGAACCAGCUGCAGGAGAUCGCGGCUGCCCGGAGUGUGAACCCCAAGUCGCCCAUCACUGAGCUCCUGGAGCAGAAUGGAGGCUACGGGAAUGCUGCCCCGUCCCGAGGGCCACCUCCUCCCGGGGGGCCUGUGAGCAGUGGCCAAGGCGGAGGCCUGGCGGUGGCUGAGUACGAGCAGUCCUACGGCGGGCUCCUGGACAUCCUGCGGGGGGGCCCCGGGCGCCUGCUCACCAACCUCAAGGACACUUCCUCCAAGGUCAUCCAGUCCGUCGCCAAUUACGCGAAGGGAGACCUGGACAUUUCCUACAUCACAUCCCGAAUCGCAGUGAUGUCCUUCCCGGCAGAGGGUGUGGAAUCCGCCAUCAAAAACAACAUCGAGGACGUGCGCUUGUUUCUGGACUCCAAGCACCCGGGACACUACGCUGUCUACAACCUGUCCUCCAGGACGUACCGGCCCGCCAAGUUUCACAACCGCGUGGGUGCCCCCGCCUCCCCUGCCUGCGCCCUGAGGGUCUGUCUGCCUGGCACAAAUCCUGUCGUAGAGGAGUGUGCCAGCGGGCGGCGCUCCCUGUACAGCAUCUGCAGGGACAUGCACUGGUGGCUGCGGCAGGACCACAAGAACGUGUGCGUGCUGCACUGCACGGACGGGAGAGCGGCGUCGGCCGUGGCCGUCUGCUCCUUCCUGUGCUUCUGCCGGCUCUUCAGCACCGCCGAGGCCGCCGUGUACAUGUUCAGCAUGAAGCGCUGCCCGCCGGGCAUUUGGCCGUCCCACAAAAGGUACAUCGAGUACAUGUGUGACAUGGUGGCGGAGGAGCCCAUCACGCCCCAUAGCAAGCCGAUCCUGGUGCGGGCCAUCGUCAUGACGCCCGUGCCGCUGUUCAACAAGCAGAGGAGCGGCUGUCGGCCCUUCUGCGAGGUCUAUGUGGGGGACGAGCGCGUGGCCACCACGUCCCAGGAGUACGACAGGAUGCGGGAUUUCAGGAUCGAGGACGGCAAAGCCGUCAUCCCCCUGGGCACGGCCGUCCAAGGGGACGUGCUCAUUGCCAUCUACCAUGCGCGGUCCACCCUGGGAGGCAGGCUGCAGGCCAAGAUGGCGUCCAUGAAGAUGUUCCAGGUCCAGUUCCACACGGGAUUCGUGCCGCGGAACGCAACCACCGUGAAGUUCGCCAAGUAUGACCUGGACGCCUGUGACAUUCAGGAGAAAUACCCAGAUCUGUUCCAAGUGAGCCUCGAGGUGGAGGUGGAGCCCCGAGACAGGCCCAGCCGGGAGGCUCCGCCCUGGGAGAGCUCCAGCAUGAGGGGGCUGAACCCCAAGAUCCUCUUUUCCAGCCGAGAGGAGCAGCAGGACGUCCUGUCUAAAUUCGGGAAGCCCGAGCUCCCCAGGCAGCCGGGCUCCAGCGCCCAGUACGACGCCGAGACGGGAUCUCCCGACGCUGAGCCCACGGAGUCAGAGUCCCCGCAGAGCAGUGGCACGGACACCAACCACUUUCUGCACACGCUGGACUGGCAGGAGGAGAGAGCCGGGGAGCCGGGCCCAGAGAGCAACGUUGCCCAGGAGACACCGUCCGCCCCGGCUGAGGACGCAGGGGAGAGCGAGCUGUCGGACGAGGAUGCGGCCACGCUCUCCGCCGAGAGCAGGGACACGGUGGACGAGGACACGCCAGGCCCAGCAGCGAAGGCCCCAGAGCAAGAGUUGAUUUUUGAUGCAAACAGGCCGGCCUCGCCGCAGGAGCCCAGGCCGCCAGAGGGGGAGACCCCCCUGCUCUUCACGAGCCCCGCCCCCACCACGGGUGGGCCCCCCGCAGCCGCCGACCCGUUCGACCCCCUCCUGCUGACGUCCGAUCUGGAUGCCCAGCCCUGCUCCCAGCCCAGUCUCUUGGGGGAAUUUCUUAAUUCAGACUCUCUGGCCGCUCAGCCUGCGUCCUUCCCCUCCACCCACAGCGCCCCGCCCCCGGCCUGCGGCACCGACUUCCUGCAGCUGGGGGACGUGCCAGCCGAGCCCAGCAGGAUGUCCACCUCGGCCAGCCACCCGGACCUGCUGGGAGGAUGGGACUCCUGGGCCGAGGCCCCGGCCCCCGCUCCAGCCACAGAAGGCCCCUUCUUCUCUCCUGGUGGCCAGCCAGCCCCUCCCGGCCCCCCGGCCAGCCGGGCCAAGUCUCAGAACCUGGACCCGUUUGCAGACCUCGGGGACCUCAGCUCCAGCCUCCAAGGCUCACCCAGUGGAUUCACUCCUGGGGCCUUCGGUCCCAAAGCAGCCCCCCCUCCCAAGGGCGGCAGCUCCUGGCAGACAAGUCGGCCCCCGACCCAGGGCGCCCCACGGGCCCCCCAGACCAAGCCACCCCCCAAAACCUGUGCACAGCCAAGGCCUAACUACGCGAGCUUCAGCGUUAUCGGCGGCCGAGAGGAGCGGGGUAUCCGCGUCCCCAGCUUUGCUCAGAAGCCGCGGGUGUCGGAGAACCAUUUUGAAGACCUGCUGUCGAACCAGGGCUUCUCCUCCAAGGCCGACAGGAAGGGGCCGAGGACCAUCGCCGAGAUGAGGAGGCAGGACCAGGCGAGGGACACAGACCCGCUCAAGCUGAAGCUCCUGGACUGGACCGAGGGCAAGGAGAGGAACAUCCGCGCCCUGCUGUCCACACUACACACCGUGCUGUGGGACGGCGAGAGCCGCUGGACGCCCGUGGGCAUGGCUGACCUGGUGACGCCCGAGCAGGUGAAGAAGCAGUACCGCCGGGCCGUGCUGGUGGUGCACCCCGACAAGGCCACGGGGCAGCCCUACGAGCAGCAGGCCAGGAUGAUCUUCAUGGAGCUGAGCGACGCCUGGUCCGAGUUCGAGAGCCAGGGCGCCCGGCCUCUCUUCUGAGCCCUCUGGUCACAGCU